AUGGCGACCUCAGUCGUUGUCACAGAAGAACAACAAGAUGCCAUUGCCCUGCGCAGCCUCGGCGCCAUCGAUGACGACACCUCGGCUUCCCUUGUCGCCCAACAAGCGGACGAUGCUCCUGCAGCUCAGGCGCAACCACCAAAGCUUCACCCGGUCCUUCUUACCGCCCAGCUUGCGGGAGUAAACCUGCUGAGCUCCGUGGUAAAUGGAUACAUCACAGUCGGCCUCCCUCGCAUCGCCGCCGACCUCAGUCUGCCCGAGGAACUCUUCUUCUGGCCGGCCUCCGUGUAUGGGCUUGCCAUAGCGUCUACCCUCCUUCUGGCCGGUUCCGUUGCCGAUAUUCUGGGCACCCGGGCUGUGGACUUGUCCGGCUGCUUCGCGCUCGCGGCCAGCAUACUCGGGAGCGGCUUCGUGCGGACAGGCGUGGAGUUCAUCGUCCUGAGAGUCAUCCAGGGGGUCGCUAUGAGCCUGCACCUAUCGUCUUCCGUGGCCAUUGUGGCCGGCAACAUGCCGCAGGGUCGAAUCGAUACUAUCGGUUGGCGUGCGGGCUGGUUCAUUGACGGCGACGCGAUGCUGCUGCUUUUUAUGAUUGGGUUACGGGUUCUGCCCAAGAGCAAGCGGAACGCCCAGGGCAUCAUGGCUCAACUGGCCACCAAAGUAGAUUGGGUCGGUGCAAUCAUCGCCUCGGCGUUCUUCGCCUGCUUGUCCUAUUUAUUGGCAAUCAUAAGCACCGAUGUCUACAGAAUCCAUGACACCGAAACCAUUGUCCUCAUUUCUAUAGCUGCUGCAGCUCUACCAGCCUUUUUGACUUGGGUCCACUAUCGAGUCAAAGUCGGGAAGCCGGCCCUAAUGCCAAAUAAAAUCUGGAAAAACAAGGCAUUUUCCACUGUAUGCCUGGCCAUAUUUAUAUCCUUCGGUGUCCUAAACUCCAUGGAGCAAUAUAGCAGUUUAUUCUUCCAAGAAGUCCAGCAAUUGCCAGCUCUUCAAGCAUCCAUCAGGAUACUUCCGAGCCUGAUAGUAGGCGUCGCAUUGAAUUUGUCUACAGGACUCAUCGUCGACAAGAUUUCCGCACUGUGGCUCGUCGUUGGCUCGUCGGUCUUGUGUGCCAUCGCCCCUCUCCUCAUGGCCCUCGUCCAGCCACAGUGGCCAUAUUGGUACAACGCAUUCUUUGCCCAGAUCCUGAUGCCUAUCAGCGGCGAUGUGCUCUUUACCAUCGGACUCAUUGUCGUCUCCAACGUCUUCCCCGAGGACACGCAGUCGCUGGCCGGGGCCGUGUUCAACACCGCUGCACAGUUUGGCAGCUCUCUCGGCCUGACUGUAAUGCAGGUCGUGUCCACGCUGACAGCCAAGGGCCAGCCUGGUGCGACUGGUUCCCCUGAGCAUCUCAUGGCUGGCUAUCGAGCGACCUUUUGGACUAUGUUUGCGCUCAUGGUGUCCUGCGCCUUUGUGAGCACGUGUGGCUUGCGGCGAGCCGGCAAGGUGGGCGCCAAGCGGGACUAA